AUGACUUUGAAGAAUUUUCGUAAGAUUCAGACUAACAGAACCAAAUUCAAGCAAAGAAGAUCAGGACUAUUGAGUCCUUUAGUUGGUAACAAUGGAAGCUAUGAUGAAAACUCAAAUGUUAGGACUAAUGAAAAAACUGAAAAAAGUAAAGAUGAGGAAAUCAGUAUCUACCAAACCCUAGUCAACAACGAAUUUUUAAGAAACGUCUUAACUGGAUCUUCGCUUCAAAAACUAAUCGAUUGCAUGCAUAUUAAACACAUGAAACAAGGCGAAAUUCUAUUGGAACAAGGAAAAAUCAAUUCAUAUCUUUAUGUCACCAAAAGUGGAACAUAUGAAAUAUCAGAGAAUGGAAAGCAAACUGGAAAAGUUCACGGAGUUAGAACCUUUGGAGAAGUGGCCGUAUUGCAUAGUGCGAAGGCGGCACAGACUGUUAAGGCGUUGACAGAGGGGAAAGUAUGGGUACUUGAUUGUCUAUACUAUAAAAAUCUAACAGUAAAUUCGCAUAUCGAAAAUAGAGAUAAAAUAAUAGAAUUCCUAAAAGAUGUACCUACAUUAGGUAGAGCCUCGGAUGCCAGAUUGUAUCGUCUUUGUGAUAUAUUGGAAGAAAAAUUCUACCCGAGCAACAGUUUACUUGUCAAGGAAGGAGAUAUUGUUGAUUGUUUUCUCAUUGUUACAUCAGGUAGUGCAACAAUUUCAACUAGAGACAGAAUUCAAAAAGUAGAAAAAUUGAGCAGAGGCUGUUUUUUCGGAGAUUAUAUAUUUUUAAAAGAAACUAUUAGUCUUUACACUAUUGUGGCCGAAGCACCUGGCGUGGAAUGCUUGUUAUUAUCUAGAAGACAUUUUUUGGAUCAUUUUAAUGAUUUGGAGGAUUUUUUGCAUGGAAAAUUACACAGUGCAGGUUUCCAAAAUGAGAAAUACAAUGAAAUGAAAUUAAAAGAUUUAAAAAAACUGAAAACAUUGGGAGUAGGUGGAUUUGGCAGAGUGGAUUUGGUGCAAAACAGAAGGCAUAAAGAUGACAUUUUUGCAUUAAAAUUAAUGAAAAAAUAUGAAAUCAAUGGUCAACCACAAAUCGACCAGGUCUUCAAUGAAAAAGAUCUACAAAUGGCUUGUGACAGCGACUUCGUAGUGAGACUGUACCGAACUUUCCGGGACACGAAAUUUCUUUACUUCCUUUUGGAACCAUGUUUAGGUGGUGACUUAUGGAAUCUUUUAAGAAGACAAAGAAGAAAAUGUUUUGAUACUGAUGCUGCUAAAUUUUAUGCGGGUUGUAUUAUUGAAGCUCUUGACUACCUCCACUCCAAAGACAUAAUCUACAGAGAUCUCAAGCCUGAAAAUGUUAUGGUAUCAGAAACUGGCUACCUCAAACUGACCGAUUUUGGUUUUGCGAAAAAAAUUCCAAUAAACGAAACUUCCUUCAGUUUCGUCGGUACUGCAGAAUACGUUUCGCCCGAGCUAAUAAAGAAUCUACCCCAUGACAGAGGAGUUGACUAUUGGGCGUUAGGCGUAUUUAUUUUUGAAUUACUAGUAGGAAAGUCGCCAUUUAGAAAUGACAUGCAUAAUGAUCUUAAAACCUACAAAGCAAUUUUAAAAGGUAUCGAUUUUGUGACAUUUCCUUUUAUUGUUUCUCCGAGAGCAAGGAAUCUUAUCAAAAAACUAUGCAGACCAUUGUCUAUAGAUAGAAUAGGCUGUCAAAAAAAUGGCAUUAAAGAUAUUAAAAUUCAUCCAUGGUUCUCCAAACUUGACUGGGAAAAAUUGAGAAAUUUAGAGAUUGAGCCUCCAAUAAGGAUUUCAUUAAACAGUAAAACUGAUACAAGAUAUUUUGAAACUUUUCAAGAUGACAAAGAGGAUGUUCAGGAUGAUUUUUCUACUUGGGAUAAACAUUUUUAA